AUGCUCUCUGUUGCUACAAGCUUCAUUGCGCUCACCGCGGGCAUUGUUGCCGCCUACUAUUAUUCACCUCGUUCUGUCAAACGGUCAAUUGUCAUUCGCAUUUUGGGUGCUUUAGCACCUCCACCAAAACUAGGAAUGCCAUAUUCGUCUCUGAUCAACCCUCAUUCGCCUCUUCGACAGCAUGCUCGAAAUCUCUGGACGGUCGUCGGAAAUCUUCCUCCUCGGAACUCGGCGUUGCCGUGUACAAUGACUGUCUACCGCUUCCCUGGAACAAAAUUCUUGUGGAUCCACUCCCCGAUCUGUUUAAAUGAUGAGGUUAGAGCGGAACUGGAGGCUUUGGGAAAAGUUACUUGGAUUGUAGUGCCCAAUCGCAUGCAUAGAACAUAUGUGGAGGCGUGGCAUCAAUUAUAUCCGCAGGCCAAGAUCGCCUGUCCUGAGAAGGAAAAGGAGGGCGUCGAAAAGGUUGUCAAGGUGGACACGGCCUGUGAGGAUGUCUGGCAGAUCAUAACCUAUGAUAAAGAUGUUCCUGAAAAGGAAACUGCACCAAAGUCAGCAGAGGACAAUCAACUCAAAACCACUUCCCCGCGUCAGAAGGAACCUUCGCCCACGGCUGAGUGCAGUGUAUGUGGAGAAUACAAAACCAAACAAGAAUUUUCAGCACGCCAAUGGAGACAGGAUGAGCAGAGGAAAUGCAUAGACUGUGUCGCCGAAUACGAGCAUUCAAAAGACUGGGUGGCAGAAAAAAACAAGCCUCGUCCUACUGAGUUCACACCAGCCUCCUGGCAAACACCAAAAGAGCGCCAAACAACACAAGUCCGCCACCGAAAGGUCUCAGAAGGCAAACGCAUAAACGCCUAUGAAGAGAAUGAGCGUCAGCAACAGGAAGACAGUGGUUCGGGUUGGUCCACAUCCUCUGAGGAGACUGGCGAUGCCGAUUGGAAAAUCGAUCAAUGGUGGCUGCAGGACGAUCGCAAGGGCAAACCGUUACCUGACUGGGAGGAUGUGAAGAACGACUAUGCGUUUGAUGAAGAUGUCAAUAAACUGGAACACGAUGAGCAGGUGCUGGUCACUGGGCGGAUCGGCCAGUCGUUAGAGGUUCGCCCACGUCGUCGAGCUGUCCGCUGCAUUCGUCCUGAAGGAUGCUACCCAGAGACCCAGGAAUUGCUCUAUGUUGUGGAAUUGGAAAGUAAACCCCCCACACACGCCCUAAUUAGCACGGAUCUAUUCUUCAACAUUGAUCUGGAUGGCGUGGAUACCAUUACCAAACUCCUUGGCAGCGCUGGAUUCUUUGGACCAACACCAAUUUGCAAGUUUUUUUGCAUCCAAGAUGCACAUGCCUUUGAGCAAUGGGUGCACGAGAGCAUUAUAGGAAUCGUCAAGAAGGAAGCUGUCAAGGUCGUUGUAGUGGCACAUGGUGACGUUAUCGAGGGCGAUGAGGACAUAAUCGUUGGGAAAUUUUGUGAAGCUGCCAAAAAAGCUGUUGAAUGA